AAGCCAGCAAUGGCAGGAAGGAGGUGAGUCCCGGUUGGCUUGGAUAUCGCUGCAUAAUCUCUGAUCAGAAUGGUGCCUCUGCUAUGUAGCGCUUGAGUUGGUGUGUGGGAGCAGGCUCGACGCAAAGCAGUCGCGCACAGCAGAGACGCCUUCCGCCCCGCAAAAAAAAGGCGAAGAACGGGAAUCCGUAAUGCAGAAGGCGGAGAAAUCAGCGGCUAAACCCGGCCAGGGUCCACCACGUGAGAGCUUACACAAAGGAUUUAUUCCUGUGGAUAUUCCUCUCAGAAGCAUGGACAGCACAUCGUCUCUUGCGAAAGGCAAUCCAGAUUCCGCACUCUCCGCAGACGCCGAGGCACAAAAGUCAAAACAGAGGAGAGAUUUAGACAUAAAGCACACAUUGGAGAAGGAUACUCUUGCAGCAAUGACAAGCAUAAAUACUGGGAACAGGAACCCAGCUGCUGAUGCUUUGGCUGCGGCGAAAGCGGCAGCAGCAAGGCUUAUGAAGAGAGCAGGCUUUCAGCCGGAUGAAGGGCGCCCACGCCGUGGCCGAGGUGGUGGUCGCUUUGCCACUGGUCGGCAUAGCAGCCGACGAAGGUCUAGGUCUAGGUCUAGGUCCCGAUCACGCUCCCGUUCUCGGUCGCCACGGUCCCGCUCGCAUUCGCGCUCUCGAUCUCGAAGUUGCUCAAUAUCCAUCACCUCUUCCAGUGAUGAGUCGACAACGAAACCGCGCACCUCCCGGCGUCGGACUCGAGAGACUUUGACCCUGUCGAUCAGCCCGUCGCGUUUUCCAGCAGAGGUACGCGGGGACCCACCCGCGAGGCACAACGUUAGUGCACGGCCCAAUGCUGCACCGCCUCCGCCUCCUCCGGGAACACCUCCACCAAGUAAUUUCAUUGACCAUUCCCGUCAACACCUCUUACGUGAUGGAAACCGUUCCUCCGAGCGUCCGGCGCUUCGCUCGAAUGAAUGGCGAAACGAUUCUCGAUAUCGAUAUGGUCACUUGGAUGAGCGGUACUUUCCCGAGCCGGAUACGUCUUAUGACCGUCCUGGCGCGCGUUACGAGUCCGAGUACAAGUAUGCUAGCCGCCUACCAGGGAAAGAACCUUUUGUCGCAAAGUACGAUGCCGAGAUGGACCGACAUCACGGGCGUGCUGGACAUCAAUAUGAGAGGCCAUUUGACUCGCGAUUUCCAUACAGCCACGAGUUCCAGCAGAGGCCCGGCUCUACAACCUACAAGCAUAGAGACUCGGGAUAUGAUGGCAUCCGGGAUGAGUACGAUGCCGUGCGACAUCGCUAUCACGAUGAAGCGCACUGGGAGACUGCACGUGGCGGCUAUGGUCAUACUGGAGUGGGAUCGAAAGACAUGCCCUAUCAUCGACCGGAUGGCUACCCUGUGAGGCAUGACGAGUUUCACGAGCAAGGGGUUGCCCGGUGGGCGUACGAUGAGCGGAGGUCCUACCCCGAUGCCUUCCCUUCCAGCAGGAACCCCGCAUACAGUAGGGAAGGCACCCCCACCGGAACGACACGACUGGGUGAUUACGCACACCACCGGGAUGGCGGUGAUCGCACGGAGAGUGGUCACCUGGCAUCGACCACUGGCAAACGCCGCCUUGAAGGCGAUCUCGCUGAUGAACGGGUCGAAUGUCAUUCCGGCAGCUCACCGUCGCACGCAGACAAGAAAAAGAGAUCCUCAUCCUCCGAACGCAGGCGCAGCAGUAAGCACCGCUCUCACCGGAGUGAGAAGGAAAGCAGCCAUCGUUCGGAGAAACGAAAACGUGAUCACGACGAUGCAGACGUGGAACCAAGGCUCAGUACUGAUCCCACGGGGCACCGUCUACCUGACAAGGACGGCGUACUUAAACCCACCGAGUCGAUUGACGAUUCAGCGGGAAGACGCGGUCAUCGUCAUCGGUCGCGCUCAGGAGAACGGCGCCGACAUCGGCACCGUGAGAGUCGUUCGGAGCGGGAAUCGGAGGUAGACAAUGCGUCGGAAAAGCUGGGCCAUGAAACCUCUGCGGGGGAUGAGAAUGAGGAUAAUGAUCGGCGCAAACAUUCUUCGUCUCACAAAAGCAGCAGUAGCAGUAGCAGACGCCACAAAUCUUCCACUAAGGAAAGCAGUGGAAGGCGACGGAGGCGUACCGAUGAGAUGGAGCAUAGCAUUCCCGAGUGAUUCACAGCCAACAUUGUACUUCUUCGCGGUGCAUGCAUGGAGGCGCUUCUUGUUGAUUCCAAUUAUG